AUGGGGCCAAUCCACGAAAUAACCAGUUAUACCAAAAUCGAUUUUCGUAACAGCCUCAAGGUUCAGAAAACCGAGGCGUCCAUCAGAGAGUUGACCACAUUGAUCGAGAAAUUAACCUCUCAAGGGAAGCUGCCGUCACAAACAGAACCAAACCCUAGACAAAAUGAAAAUGCAGUAACGUUGCGAAGCGGAAAGGUACUGGAACCAAUUCUUGACAGGAAUCUUGGCCAAGAAAUCGCCCAAGAAAAACCCGAGAAAGACGAACAGUGUCGAAGAGGUAGAGAGGACAAGGAAAUUCUUGAAACAUUUAGGAAUGUCGAGAUCAACAUUAUGUUGUUGGACGCCAUCAAGAAAAUACCGCGGUAUACUAAAAUUCUUAAAGAGCUUUGCACCAACAAGCGAAAAUUAACAAGUAAUGAAAUGGUGAAUGUUGGUGAGAAUGUAUCUGCAGUGUUACAGCGGAAAAUGCCGACAAAAUGCAAGGAUAGGGGCAUGUCUGUUGUGCAUCCAGAAGGAGUCCUUGAAGAUGUUCUAGUAAAAGUUAACGAGCUUAUUUUCCCUGCAAAUUUUUAUGUGAUCAAAAUGGAGGAGGAUAACACUCCUGGAUUUUCAGAUCUCCUGCUAGGUCGACCGUUCCUUAGUACAGUUAGUUCUAAAAUCGAUGUUCGAAGUGGAACUCUCACGAUGGAGUUUGAUGGGGAGAUCGUAAAGUUUAAUGUCUACAACGCCAUUAGCCAUCCAAGCGAAAUCUUGAGCGUAAAUCGUAUCGACAUAAUUGACUCUUUUGAGUCAACUUAUGGAGAUAAUUAUGAACUUGAUAAAUUUGAAUUUGUUAAUGAGUUAUUAUCUCCAAAUGCUAAACUGUUACCUUCUGUUAUACAGGCACCAGAGUUGGAGUUAAAACUCGUAGGAAAGGCAAGGAAAUUAGACAUCCAAGAGUUAGAAGAAAUUCGCAAUGAUGCCUACGAGAAUGUUCACAUUUAUAAAGACAAGACAAAGUUGUUUCACGAUAAGAGAAUAGCUCAGAAGCAUUUUUUGAUAGGACAAAAAGUUUUACUUUAUAACUCUAUGUUAAAGUUAUUCCCAGGUAAGCUUCGAUCACGAUGGCAAGGACCUUUUAUUGUUACUGAAAUGUUCACACAUGGAGCGAUUGAAAUAGAGAGUGAAGAAUCUGGAAAGCGGUUCGUAAUCAAUGGCCAGCGGUUGAAGCCGUUUUAUGAGAAUUUUUAA